AACCAAUAUACUCAUUGUUAUUGUUCAAUAACUUGCUUCAUUACACUAAAUAUUUUACAGUUUAUUAUUCAUUUUUAAUUGAUUCAUUUUUUCCCUUGGGAAAUCUUAAAACUAACGAGCGAGUUCAUUAGCCGCCUACAUUCUCCAUCGAGGGUAGCACCAGAGAUGGCUCAUCUCUGGUAGCACAGAACGUGAUCGCGCCGACUUAGCCCGUGCUAGCGAAUACGAAAAACUCAUGAAGUAGUCUUCGCGUUGAAAAACAAGAUGACUUCUCCGUUCACCUGCAUCACCUGUCAAGUGGCGUUUCGUGACUUGGAGGUACAACGGCAACACUACAAGUCCGACUGGCAUCGAUACAAUCUGAAAAGGAAAGUUGCGGAGUUACCUCCUGUUAAAGCUGACGAAUUCCAGAGAAGGGUUCUUGCACAGUGCCGCAAGGAUGAUCAGAUGAGACAGGAGAAAGCUUUGAACUGUAGGAUAUGCAAAAAGAGUUUCAGCUGUAAGAAUCAAUAUACGAAUCAUUUGAUCUCCAAGAAGCAUAAAGACAACUGUGUCAAAUCGGAAGUAGGUGUAAAGGAAGAGGGGGUAGUAGAAGAGAGCAACGAAAUUGCACCCGAUACAGGAAGUUCCAGAAUAAAUGACAAAAAUGAUAAUAAAAAUGAGGGUAUGGAGAUCGAUUCCGAUGUGGAGUCUGUAGAUUCCGAUGAAUGGAUCGAAGAUACUGAAAAUCCUGUAAAAAGCAAUAAUUGCCUUUUUUGUAAUCAUCACAGCAGAUCAUUUGUACGUAAUCUGAAACAUAUGUCCGUUGCACAUUCCUUCUUUAUUCCGGACACAGAAUAUUGCAUAAAUAUUAAAGGAUUAUUGGUAUACUUGGGAGAGAAAGUAUUUGCUGGAUACAUGUGCCUUUGGUGCAAUGACUCGGGCAAAGCAUUUCAAUCCGCUGAUGCUGCGAGAGCACAUAUGAUCGACAAAGGGCAUUGCAAAGUUCGGCACGAAGGAGAGGCAUUGGCAGAAUAUGUUGAGUUCUAUGAUUAUUCAUCAAGUUAUCCUGAUGCAGAACAUGAAGAUCCCGAUGCAGAAGUCCAAAUACCCGAGCUCGACGACAGUGAUUACCAAUUAGUGCUGCCCUCAGGAUCCAUGAUCGGUCACCGAUCUUUGAUGAGAUAUUACAAACAAAAUCUUAAUCCCAAUAGAGCAAUGGCUGUAUCAAAGAAAAACAAACUGGACAAGGUGCUAUCGCAGUACAGAGCUCUUGGAUGGAAGGAUACGCAGAAAGAGGCAGUUGUUAAGAAGAUCAGGGACAUUAAGUAUAUGCAGAAAAUCCAUGCCAAAUACUCCACGCAGCUUCAGUUUAAGGCGAACAAACUGCAAAAACAUUUUCGACCACAAGUUAACUUUUAAAUUACCAACUACACUGGUUGUGUAAAUUAAUACUAUCUACAGGUAUUUUUUUAUCAAACAUUGUUAUGUUAUGUAUAUUUCCAUUUCAAUUAUCAUAGCAAUACCAUUCAUAUCUGUACCAUUAUCGGAUACAAGCUGAUGGAUUACUUUACACCUAAUUUAAGUAAUCGUGUAUACCAGAAUUAAGCUAGGUAAAGAACGAUGGAAUAAGUUGACUGUCACCUACGUAAAUAAACUUGAGUAUUUAUUUGCUGGGCAAUCUUA